AUGGAUGCCUCAGUGCCCGCUCCAGCUGGGGCUGCAAAGGAGAAGAAAAGAACACGGCCAAUUGGCUCCGGUGGUAGUGCUGCCUACAAGCGUGACUUGAAGGCCCUCAGGGAUGCAGCUCAUCCCGAGGGUGAGGAGCAGGAUAGCGGAUGCGCGAGAGCUGCAAAAGCGAGACUGUGUCGGGCUCGAGCUCGGGAAGCGGCUCAGGUUGCUCAAGAUGGGCAACCAGAAGGCUCGGUCAGUGAGCUCUGGCGUUACCGAAGUUUGGGUUCCGAGUUGCAGAAGAGAUUGAUGUUGUGUGUGAUGGCAUCACGCAAGCCAACGGCUCCCGAAGUAGAUCCUGAUGCCGCAAGCUUUGUGAAGCGACACUUGAUGCAGUUGCAGCCCGGCUUGUCGUUUACAGCUGAAGCUUCAGCCGUGGACAAUGAACGUCGCAAUCUGAAGAGCAUGCUGCUUCGCACAGGUGCAGCGGUCUACUGGGGUGCCUCAAUGAUGUUUGGCAACCUUGCCUCUAGCAUCCUCGCUUCUGGUGCCAAAGUGGUUAUGCUAGUGAAAAAGCGCAGAUAUGAUGAGGCGCCGUUGCGGGUUCGGCAGAAGUCUUCAGAGGAGGGUACCGCUGUGCCGACAAAGCUUCUGCAGACGGAGCUCUCUUUCGGGGUCCUUUUGCAGAAGAAUGAGCAAUACAUGUUUGUACGAACGACACUACCCACGACUCUUUCAUCGGAAGCAGCCUUCAAGGUUCAGUUGGUCAUGACGGACAGAGCGGGUCCGAACAUCAAAUGUGAGAAGUCAAUGCAGCUGGAGGAUGCAUCCUUUGUAAAGGCUCAUGGCUUCUGUAAGAUUCACAAGCUCGCCCAACAGCAAACUCAGUGCUGCAACCUUGUGGACGGCCACAUAUCUGGCAUCAUUGCUCUUGCGGUGGCCAUGCAAAUGGCGGGUGCGACAUCGAAGAUGAGGGAUGCACUAUCGUCUGUUCUCCGGAAAAGAGUUGACAUUUGCAUCGGAGAUCCACCUGACAAUGCGGACAACGAUGCAUACAGGGAACAAGUCUUCGACAUGUGCCUGUCUGAUUGCAGUGGCAGUGGGGACGAGGGAGCGAAAGUUAACCGUGUGAGGCGGCGACAACGCCUUGUCCUUGAACACUACUUCCGAGGCAGCAACUUGCGUGGUACGAGGAUCUUGUUCUUUUGGCCUUCUGGCCCGGUCCCAGAUGAAAAUCAAAUCUUCGCUGAGCUCGACGAGCACCUCGUCCCGGCCCUCAUCCCUCACCGCUGUCCGGUGUUUCCCCGUUCCCGGUGGACCGGCGGGGACUUGGCAUUGGAUUGGGUGUUGCUGUUGGGCCUAUGCUUCUUGGAGCCUGGCAGGCCUCAUGAAGCUGGCGUGGGUGCUACUGCUACAGAUGAUGAUUGGGAUGCUUUCUGCUUGAAUUUGGUUUCUGGAGUCCAUUCUGGAGAGAGAGGGCCUGAGUCUGAGCAAGCAGUACCACCGCCGGCGCAGCAGGAUGCCAGUGCUGGAGAUCCUGAUGCGCCUGAGCUGGCAACAGCUGAGAUGAGUUGGGCUGACUUCAAUGCGGCAAUGAAGAGGAAAGCUGCGGUGUUUGCACAGCAAUGCCCGUCUGCUGCGUUGGCUAUAUGCCGGCCGGUCAUGAGUUGCAACCUGCAGCUGCUUUACCAUGCCCUCAAGGUGAGUGGUGACACGUGGGACAUGCAGCAAAGCCUUGAGGGCAGCAACGUCCGACGCUACCGAAUCUUGGACGAGUACAGCGGCAAGGCAUCCCAUGACUUUUUCGACAGCUUGAGAAGCAUAUUCACUUCAGUUCCAUCGGCACUUCCGCCGAGAGCUCUUGCCAAAAGCUUGAGGACCUUGCUCUUCCGAUGUGCAGCUCGAGCUGGAGCAUGUCACCAUCAGUUGCUGGAGCGGUUUCGUCGGGGAUUUCCGACACAGCUCUUCGGGGCCCUGCUUGGGAACGAUGCUGUUUUGAAUGUUUCGAAAUGCUUGUUAGAUGAAUUGUCCUCCCAGUUCCACGACCGCUUCGAGGACUCAGGACUCCAAUCAUCGGAGGCGCAAUCGUUCCUGCAUGCAUUGGCUACGAUGUACGACCUCGACAUCGCCGGCAUCGAAGCUCGUCACGCCAGCAUCAGACGACAUGUGAAGCUAUUCUCAAACCAGACCAGCGGAGCCGACUUGCCGAUGGUCAGUGCCAAGUUUGUGGUCCAGCAGCAGGCCCUGCAGAAUCUUCGCUGGAGCACGCACAAGGCACGAACCAGCAGUCGGGCCGGUCGGAUAGGGAUGGCACGUCGCCCUGUGAAAAAAGAAGGUCAGGCGACCAAGCAGAAGCGGGCUAAGCAGCCUGGAGGGUCCUGGAAUGCUUUUCAGCACAUCAAGUCGCUGGGCGUUCGCCGAAGGUUCUCCGGGGACUAUGUCAAGCAACUGUCCGCGGAGUACUGGCAGCUCAGCAGCGAUGAUAGAUCUUACUACGACGAGUUGGGCCGACUGGCGCGGAUCGCAGGUGAAGAGGGAUUCAAACCGUUCCCCAAGACAUCGGCGCUCCCUGCAGCUGCCCGCGUGGCCCAAGCUGGCCAGUUGCAGCCUGUGCAACAUCCGCCAGGUGAGCUGGCACCAUCGCCACCAGGAAGCGAUGUGAAACAAGCUCUUCUGGCCUUGGAUGCGCAGCUUCGUGCAGAAUGCUCCAACCGGACACAAGCCCUGGCACAGCUGCAAGACUCUGUUUCCGAGAUGUCCCACUUCGCUCCACAGCCGGAGGAGUUGUCAGCUUUGGCAACAGAAUGUUGCCAAAUGCAGGAUUCAGACAAAGAGCACUUCAAGUGGUUCGGAGGAAGCCUUCCCUCUGUCCACUGGGUGCCGCCUACGAUUCCGUUUGCCUGUGUGUGGAAAGGGAGCGUCACGGAUUCAAAGCAGGUUGCAUGCCGAGAUCAAGGCAGACGUGGGCAAGGCUUGGAAACUGGCUUGAAAACAGCCCUCCACGAGGCAUGGGAACAGCAUCACCAGAUGACCUACGAGAAAGAAGAGCCUCGCAUCAGAGACAGUGACUUCCGGGAGCUGUUUGAACCGUCUAUUUGCCAUCGUUUGGCAAUGUGUGUAUGCAGUGGACGAGGCCAACAGGCUUUCCGCCUGCACACCAAGACAAUCAAAUUGCUCAGGCCUCUGCUGGUUGCCAAAAGUCGCAAGCGUGAUGCCACCACAAAACAGUUUUUGGAGCCCAAACCCGUGAAACCAGAGGCCAGGCUUCUGGCGGAGUCAGGACAUCUUGUCCUCUGCUUCAGAAAGAAGGAAGCCGAGCCUGAGCGUGCAGAACCGGAGCCUGAUUGGGAAGAGUAUGUGGCUUCCUUGCUGCAGAACCCGGCAAACGUCAGCUCCCAUGCCACUGCAGCUUCGGCACCAAUUGCACUGCCACCAGGUGGCAUCUGCGAUGAUGAGGUUUGGUUCCAUGUUGGUUACAUGAAUUUCCGCACGUAUGAAGCCUCCGGUCUUUGCUUGGAACGCGCAGAUUUAGAUCUACAAGAUGCUGACUUGGACAUUCUCACAUUGAGCAUCUUACAAGAGCUGACUUUUCGAACUCUCUUGGAAGCUAUGUGCGAGCACAUCGACUACAACUGUUCUUGGUCCUUGCAGCUGUAUGAAGUUCUGAGUUUGCCGACAAGUGUGCAACUGGAGGACAUGGUGCCCGACCAGAUUGACGUCAGAGCGUUGAAAAACUGCCAUGAAAUCCUUGUCUGGCAGGGUGCGGACAGGGAGGCUGCUAACGCUGCUGAGGCUGAGGCGGCUGCGGAAGCCCGGUCGCGCCACAAGCAUCGGAAUCGUCCGGAAGGCGAGCAACAGCAAAGGCAAAGCAUCCGUCCAGCCAUGCCGGCAUUGCGGCGUCGGCAGACCUCUGCAGCUGCCCCGGGAGACAUGCCGGAUGCCGAUGUAGACAUGGCUGCUGCUGAUCCUGAUGAAGACUUCGGCGGUGGUGUGGGACCUGUUGAGUACCAUCCUCCUGCUGCUUCUGUUGAUGACUACACAGAUGGUGAGCAGGAUGAGGAUGCAAACACUCCUGCCUGGCUCCAGCGUGCAUUUGAUCUGAUGGACGCAGAGUUCGCCAACCAAGAAUUGCCUUUUGAUGAUGCGGCUCAAGCCACCUUGGGUAACAACUCCGCCGGGUCUUCAAAGCCAUCUGCUCACGUGGAGGCAGCUGAUGCUGGGGCGGCAAGCAGCAGCUCGAGGCCUGAACAGCCUUCUGAUGCGCAACCUUCGACUCGGCGGGAUCCUGGCCCGAGACAUGCUGCAGAACUUGUUGUGGAUGUUGCAGGACUUGGUAGCAUCCGUUACUAUAAGAAGAACAAGACCUUCGUGGCUACAUGCCGCUGUGCAAGCCACCAGUCAGCUGCUUCAUCGGAGGGCUUGCCCCUGGCAUGCACCCGCAAACGCAUCGCGACAGGUGCAUCGCGACAGCCGAAAGAUCAUUCGAAGCGAAACGGGCAGGGCAGGCCAUUGGGCAUGCUCAUGCGCUGGCUCGAAACUUGCUCUGCCUACGACUCCCAGCGAGACCAUGUGCAUGCUCCAGUUCCUCCCCUGCAAGAGCGGCAGGAAGCUCGUGCUCGCUUAGCAGCACUCCCGCACUCUGACAGCUUGUUUGCCUUCGAACGUCCACAGGAAGAAUGGGAGCCUGACGCUGAACCCAGCCGGAUCACUUGA